AUGAGCAAUACUUCCGAGGACAACUUUGAGUGGGUUGAGACGCCCCCGGCGCCCUCGCCCACUACGCCCCCGUUCGACUGUGGCGUGAAGACAACUUCGUACCCGACCAUUGCAAAUGCCCCAUGCCCCGCAGAAGGCUCCGGUCGCGAAUCGUUCAACAACUAUGUCCUCAUCUCGCUGCUCGUCGGCGUCCCCGCAUACAUCACAUGGAGCUGGGGCAUGGGCUUCAAGACAUGGCUUUUCCUCGCCCUUGUCCUGUGUCUUCCCAUUCUAGGUCCUUUCUGGUGGCUCACGUCUGAAUUCGCUCCCCGCAAGAACGAAAAGGCCAAACUUCCCGGCAAGCCCAUCGAGCACUACCUCAAGUUCAACAAGGCCGAGGACCGCGACGCCUACUACGGCAAGAAACAGAUCCCUAUCGAGACGUUCCAGGAAAAGUACUUUGACGGUGAAAUUGAGCUCAAUGGCGAUAUGCUCGAGAUCCUCGAAUGGCGCCAUGACUGGUCCAAGCCCCGCUUCACCCUUGGACUGAUCAAGCACUUCCUCUUCGGCAUGAUCCCAGAAAUGAUUGUCCACUCCAAGUCUCAGGACGAAGAACAGGUCCGCGACCACUAUGACCGCGGUGACGAUUUCUACGGCUGGUUCCUCGGUCCUCGCAUGAUUUACACCUCUGGUAUCAUCUCUGAUAUCAACACGGAAGAGAGCUUGGAGCAACUACAGGACAACAAGAUGGCUGUCGUCUGUGAAAAGAUCGACCUGCAGCCUGGCGAGAAGAUGCUCGACAUUGGUUGUGGAUGGGGCACACUUACACGAUUCGCCUCUGUCAACUAUGGCGCAAAGGUCACUGGUAUUACUCUUGGUCGCAACCAGACUGCUUGGGGCAACAACGGUCUUAGGAAAGCUGGUAUCGAGGCUGAGCAGUCCAACAUUCUCUGCAUGGACUACCGUGAAAUUCCCGUUCCUUCUGGUGGCUACAACAAGAUCACUUGUCUUGAGAUGGCUGAGCACGUUGGUGUCCGUCACUUGAGUGCUUUCUUCCGUCAGGUCUACGAUAUGCUUGACGACGAUGGUGUCUUCUUCCUUCAGAUCGCUGGUCUGCGUAAAGCAUGGCAAUUCGAGGACUUCACCUGGGGUCUUUUCAUGAACAAGUACGUCUUCCCUGGUGCCGACGCGUCUACUCCUCUUGGUUUUGUCGUCGACACCCUCGAGGCUGCUGGUUUUGAAGUCAAGAUGGUAGACACCAUUGGUGUGCACUACUCUGCUACUCUCUGGAGGUGGUACCGUAACUGGCUCGCCAACAAGGACAAGGUUGUUGCCAAGUAUGGCAUACGUUGGUUCAAGAUCUGGGAGUACUUCCUCGCCUACUCCACCAUCACUUCCCGCCAGGGUAGUGCCACCUGCUUUCAAAUCACCUGUGUCAAGAACCUCAACGCUGUCCACCGUAUUGACGGUAUCAAGACUCAGUUCAGUCUUUCUGGUGCCCUGGCUGCUAGCAGGGCGAAGCUUUCUAAGGCACAGUAA